AUGGCGCUGAAAGUGCUGUCGGCGCUGGACGCAGCCAGGACCCAAUACUACCACUUCAAAGCCAUCAUCGUCGCCGGCAUGGGCCUCUUCACUGACGCCUACGAUCUCUUCUGCAUCCCACCCAUCAUGCGAAUCAUCGGCCGAAUCUACUACCAAACCCUCGUCGUUGACCAAAACGGCGUCGUCAUCAAGAAGCAAUACGACAUUCCCCUCCAUAUCGUUUCUAUCAUUGUCGCCAUAGCGCUUGUUGGCACUGUCAUCGGUCAGCUCAUCUUCGGCUCACUGGGUGAUCGCAAGGGGAGGCGACACGUCUACGGUCUAGCACUGAUGCUUAUGGUGGUCAGCUCCUUCGGUUGCGGCUUCUCCAUCUGCAGGACCAGAGACUGCGUGGUGGGCAGCCUCAUCUUCUACAGGUUUCUCUUGGGCGUCGGUAUCGGCGGCGACUACCCAUUGUCCGCAACUAUCAUGUCGGAGUUUGCCAACAAGAGGACACGUGGCGCCUUCAUCGCCGCGGUCUUCUCCAUGCAGGGGCUUGGGAUUUUGGCGAGCUCCGCUGUCACGAUGGUGAUCUGCAAGAUAUUCGAGGCGGCUUCAGGAGAUGGGACGCCCGAUGAGGCGGACGUGGCAUGGAGGUUAAUACUUAUGCUAGGUGCAAUUCCGGCUGCGUUGACGUAUUAUUGGCGAAUGAUGAUGCCUGAAACUGCCAGAUUCACAGCUCUCGUGGAGCGUAACGUCGCCCAGGCAGCAAAGGACAUGGAGAGAGUGUUAGAAGUUUCCAUGAGUCAAAUUGCAGAAGAUUCACCAAUCACGACACCAGAAUCACUUUCUUAUCCCCUCUUCUCCCCACAAUUCUUCCGCCGACAUGGCCGCGACCUCUUCUCUUGCGCCACCACCUGGUUUCUAGUCGACGUCGUUUUCUACAGCAGCAACCUCUUCCAAUCACAAAUUUACAACAGGUACGUACCAAAUACCGACAACGAUCCAACCGUCAGCGUCUUCAGCGAAGCUUUCGCUGUGGCUAGACUCCAGGCAAUCGUGGCCGUCUGUUCGACAAUUCCCGGCUAUUGGGUGACCGUCUAUUUCAUCGAUAAAAUUGGAAGAGUUCGAAUACAAAUGAUGGGAUUCUUUUUCAUGGCCAUCGUUUACUUAGCUAUCGGCAUACCUUACAAGCACUGGGGAAGAGGCGUAGACGCUGGGUUUAUGGUCCUCUAUGGGCUGACUUUCUUCUUCGCAAAUUUUGGACCUAAUACGACGACGUUUAUAGUUCCGGCAGAGCUAUUCCCUGCGAGGUUUAGAUCGACUUGUCAUGGGAUAUCGGGUGCGAUUGGGAAGGUGGGUGCGAUUAUCGGAGCUGUUGGAUUUAUACAGGCGGCGAAAGAUACGGACAACGAUGGAUUCCCAGAAACUAGCAGCAUGAGAGCUGCGUUGGUGAGCUUGGGGGCCGUAUGCAUUAUUGGACUGGUGGUGACUUAUAUGUUUAUGAGAGAGACAAUGGGGAGAUCACUGGAGGAGAACGAGAACGAAUAAGAAAGAGAUCAACUUAUUUUUACACCAUUUUUGUACAAAUUUGCGAGAUUUUUCUUUGUGUUUUUCUAGCUUGGGUAAUACAUAAA